AUGGUUAUUCGUGCAGUUCUCUUUUUGGCAAUACUCGGCUGCAUACAAUGCAAAAUAUUAAAUCUUUCAUGUCAACAAAUAAGGAGUUUUGUUGAUGGCCAUAAUAAUAGAAGACAACAGUUAGCUAAUGGCAAAGUGCCCGGACAACCAGCAGCUUCCGUAAUGAAAUAUAUGAUUUGGGAUAAAGAACUUGCUGCCAAGGCGGCCAAGUGGGCAUCUGUGUAUCGGCAACAACAUAAUCCUGACCGAUCAGUUGGUUCUGGUCGGUGGCGUAGCACUGGCGAAAACUUGUACUGGUAUUCCACCAGCGACCAUAGUUACAAACUGAACCCCGACAGCGCUUUGAAAGCUUGGUUCGAUGAGUUCAGAGAUUUCCUAUACGGACCCAUCAUGAGAAGCCACUUUAGUAGUUCAACGCAAAUCGGACAUUACACGCAAAUGGCAUGGGCAGACACGACGCACGUGGGAUGUGCUAUUUCACAAUGGUCCAACGAUGGUUGGAACAAAUACAUGGUCGUGUGCAACUAUGGACCUGCGGGCAACAUGUUAGGCUCUCCGCCUUAUAAAAGCGGCCGCGCGGCUGGCUAUCUCGUCUGCGGAACCGGAGACUGCAGUAGGCCUUAUGGAGAUUCGUGUUAG